UUUGUCCUUUCUGGCUUUAGAGCAAACAAUGAUAGGCCGUAGGCGGCAACAAACCAGAACCAGAUUACCAGAGAGAGUCUCCUCAAACCAAUCUUCCUCUCUCUACCCAUCCCUGGUGCUAAUUCAUGGCUGCUUCUGCCACCCCUCCAUCUCUUCACUUCUCUCUCAAGGCUUCUACGGACUCCUCUUCCACUCGGACCGGAGCGUGUGAUUUGUUUCUUCGAUGCCGGAACCGCGAUCUCGUUCUUGUCUCGUCCCGCUCGGCCUUCGUUUCGUCCGGUUUGUCGGGACUGAGUAGAACCUGUGCGCCUGUUUUGAAGUCCGGUCGAAUUCCAACGAAGAUUGAGGCCAGUUCAGCUCCGGUCAUGGAUCAGUCGCAGCGUAAGGCGAGCUCUAGACUCUCGACGAUUGUUGAUGUUGAUUUGGGGGACCGCAGCUAUCCCAUAUAUAUUGGUUCGGGACUGCUUGAAGAACCCAAUCUUCUUCAGCGGCAUGUUCACGGGAAAAGAGUUCUUGUAGUCACCAACACCACAAUUGCACCAUUAUACCUUGAUAAGGUUAUUAAUGCCUUAACAUAUGGGAGCUCAAAUGUUUUGGUUGAGAGUGUAAUCUUACCAGAUGGUGAAAAGUAUAAGGACAUGGAUACUCUCAUGAAGGUUUUUGACAAGGCUAUUGAAUCCCGCUUUGACCGGCGCUCUACAUUUGUUGCCCUAGGAGGGGGUGUUAUUGGUGACAUGUGUGGAUUUGCUGCUGCUUCCUUUCUUCGUGGUGUAAAUUUCAUUCAGAUUCCAACUACUGUAAUGGCACAGGUAGACUCUUCUGUUGGAGGCAAAACGGGAAUAAACCACCCACUGGGGAAAAACUUGAUUGGUGCUUUUUACCAGCCCCAGUGCGUCCUUGUAGAUACAGAUACCUUAAACACAUUGCCUGAUAGGGAAUUAGCUUCAGGAUUUGCAGAAGUUGUAAAAUAUGGGCUUAUUAGGGAUGCAGAGUUUUUUGAGUGGCAAGAGAAGAACAUGCAGGCACUAUUAGCAAGGGAUCCAAGUGCACUGGUUUAUGCUAUCAAGCGUUCAUGUGAAAACAAGGCUCAGGUUGUAGCCUUAGAUGAGAAGGAAAGUGGAUUAAGAGCAACACUUAACUUAGGUCACACGUUUGGUCAUGCAAUAGAAACUGGGUUUGGUUAUGGUCAAUGGCUCCAUGGAGAAGCUGUUGCAGCUGGCACGGUCAUGGCCGUGGAUAUGUCAUACCGCCUUGGGUGGAUUGAUGAAUCUAUUGUGAGGCGAGUUUACAAUAUUUUGCAGCAGGCAAAGCUACCUACUGCACCACCUGAUAUGAUGACUGUGGAGAUGUUCAAGUCUAUCAUGGCGGUUGAUAAGAAGGUGGCUGAUGGUCUGCUAAGACUCAUCCUUCUAAAGGGUCCUCUUGGUAACUGUGUUUUUACAGGGGACUAUGAUAGGAAGGCCCUUGAUGAAACUCUACAUGCAUUUUGCAAGUCCUGAUUCCAAUCCAACCAUGACUGGAUGCAUCCUCAGCCUUUGGCAUUUUUUUCCUCCAAGCCGUUCUGUUAUAUAGAGUGAUAUUUACAUGUAUUUUAGAUGGCGUGUUUCAUUGUCUACAGUUAAAACAUUAAAGGAAGCCUUGCCAAAUUGUUUGACAGUGCCUUGCUAGGUAUUGUAUCUUGAUUUAUUAGAUGGAUUCUUUCAUAUGAUUACGACUCUGUAAUUCUGUAUUUGAACGGUGACGUGGUUUCUAAUAAAGCUCAAAAAUUAAUUCUGAAUCAAA